CCGAUUUGACGGGUUCAAGAGCCCACUCUCCGUUUCUCCAAGCCAUUGACCAUGGAAGACUAACGCUUUCACCCUGGACAUAUUAUGAAACCGAAGCUGAGAUAAGCGAGCUCGUCCAAUGGCUUCAUGAUGAUGACCCGAAAGAGAGAGACCUGAGAGAGUCUAUGAUGUGCUGGAAAAGGUUACGAUUUGGGGACCUUCAAAAGGAAAAGAAAAAAGCUCAGAAUGUGUCUUCUCCUAUUUUGACUAGGGGUCUUGUGACCAAGGCUGCCAUGUCAAUGGAGAAGAGAUACGGUUCAUGCAUCAAACUAGAGACGGAAACGAUUAAAAAACGGGGGAAGAAGACAAAGGUUGCGGAGCAAGAAAAAUUGUGUAGAUGUGAAUGCUUGGAAGCAAUUUUGCCAUCCAUGAUUCACUGCCUCAUAUGCCACAAAACGUUCGCAAGUGAUGAUGAAUUUGAAGACCACUCUGAGAGUAAGUGUAUUCCUUAUUCAUUAGCAACUGAAGAAGCCAAGGAAAUCUCUGAUUUUUCGAAAGCAAAAGAAAGUCUGAAAUCCGAUUAUCUUAAUGUAAAGUCUAGCGUCGGCAAAGAUGUAGCUGAAAUAUCCAAUGUUUCUGAACUUGAUUCUGGUUUGAUAAGAUAUCAAGAAGAAGAGUCUAUAUCCCCAUACCAUUUUGAGGAGAUCUGUUCCAAGUUUGUGACAAAGGAUUCCAACAGAGAUUUGGUUAAAGAUAUCGGUCUGAUCGGCUCAAAUGGCAUCCCAACAUUUCUUCCAUCGUCAUAUACUCAUCUUGACGACUCAAUGCUUAUCUCUGCCAAUUCCAGUAAGCUAGAUGGUGAUGAUUCAGGGGAUCAGGUCAUUUUUGCUGGUUCUGAAACCAAUGUUGAAGGCUUAAAUUCUGAAUCUAACAUGUCAAUCGAUAGAUCUUUCACACACGACCUUGGCGGUCCACCGAGUAAACCAAGAAGACCGUCGAAAUCACAUCCAGACCGUAGAAGAGCUUGGCGUAUAUUUGUUAAAUCCGCGCAAAGCAUUUAUGAGUUGGUUCAGGCAUCAAUUGUGCUAGAAGACAUGGUUAAGCCAGGGUACUUGAAAAAUGCAUGGUGGUACUGGUCUUCCCUUUCAGCGGCUGCUAAAAUAUCGACUCUCUCGGCGUUAUCCGUCCGUAUUUUCUCCCUUGAUGCAGCUAUUAUGUACGAUAAACUCAUAACUCCAUCAGAUCCCAUGGAUGAAACAAAGCCGAUCAUCAGCUUACCAGACGAGAAGUCGCAACCGGUUUCAGAUUCACAAGAAAGAAGCAGCAGAGCAAAUAGGCGAUCUGGUAAGAAGAGGAAAGAACCCGAGGUGUCAUAGUAACUUAUUUGAACCCACCGGAAAAGCUCAGCGGGCACAGCCUCGUGAGAAUGUAAGCCGGAAAUGUGGAUUUUGUUUUUUUGUUUUUUCCGGUGAAGUCAAAGUGGAGCCAAUGUGUAUGUUGUAGAUAUAGGCAAUGCUUCUUCUAUCUAUGUCUGGAAGCGGACCUGUAAGUUGCGGAUGUUUUUGGUGGUUCAUCAUGACAUGAGAGGCCUAAGUCCGGUUCAUGGAAUGGAACGGCGGUUCAAGAGGUGAAUGAGCUUGAGAGAGUAUGUGUACACAUAAUAUGUAGAAGAAGACUGACUAAUGUGGAAUUAAUUAGUAUCAAAAGUCGCUUUUUAGGCAUUAACUGAUGUUAGAACGGAAACACUUCAAUUCUUUAUAAAUCUCUCUAUCUCUUUAAUGGAGAGGGCUUUCUGAAGAA